UCUUGCAUGCUCAAUGUAAGGUACCUUACCUACCUUACUUGCGAACCCUUCAUCCUCUCAUCCAUUUGGCAACUGUCUGUCUCUGGAUCAUUAUAGCUGUGAUACACUUACGCAAAAUCCGCAUCCGGGAUCAACAGAAGAGAUCAGGCGUAAAGUCUUGCUCCAUUCAUUGCUUUCUGGUCACAACUCCCCGUCCUUGGGGAACCCCGCGUGUCGAAGGGCAAGACCUGUGCGCAGACGUCUCUCAAGCCAGACGAAGGUAUUGACCCUGGUUGUCGGAGUAAAAGACUACACAAGGCCCAUCCAGUCUUACGAGGGCAACAGCAGUGGACUUAUAACAUAUGCUCUACAGCGUGGUCAGCUUAUAGCAAGUGAACCAGCAACAAGGAUGACCGAUUUUCGGACGCUGGCUCUGGAAUAUGUCCUCAGUGACGAGCCGGAGAAGCAGAAGAGGUCUGCAUUAAAUGCGGCGUCGGCUAUCCAGUCCGAUCCUCGCCCUAGCAACCCGGUUCUACGAUGGGUUCAAUCCAUCGGGUCGUGGAUCGCCGCCGAUGAAGGUUCCGCUGAUGUAGGCGAAGGGGGCGAAUCAACAGGAGAUGUCAUCGCACGUUCAAAAGCUCUCGCCUUUCUAGCAGACACGAUAGAGGCCCUCGAUAGCGAAUUCCUGAACCACGACCAAGUAUCCCACCUCAUAAGUUUCUUCGGUAGCAUGUUUAAGAUUGACCACAGACAUGGUAUCAUGCCAGCCGCCAGAGCACUCAGCCGCGUGGCUAGCAUGAAGGCCUUCAAACCGACGCAGGCAGACCGUAUUAUACAGAGCGUCUGUGGCUUGGGGGAUGACUUCAAAGCGCAGUCUCCCAAGACACGGGCCGUGGUCUACGACCUCAUUUCCCAAAUAGUCUCCCAGCCCGAUGCUGCCGGCGACUUACAACACCGCUACGGUGCAUCUGCCGGUUUUAUGGUCGACCUCCUUCAGCUGUGCCGGAACGAACGCGACCCCAUGUGUCUGCUAACUUGGUUCGGCAUCUUAAGAAAGUUCCUCACAGAGUACUCUCCGUCACCCGAGGUUGUGACAGAGAUAUUCAACGUCUUCUCUGCCUAUUUUCCUAUAUCCCUAAGGUCAUCCCAUCAUCCCUCUGGUAUUACUGCGGAGGACCUCAAGGUAGCCCUGCGGGAUUGCUUCUCCGCGCAUCACAGCGUUGCCGGCCAAGCUUUUCCUUUCUUGAUUGAGCGUCUUGACCAGGGAGAAGGUCUUACGGCGACUGUCAAGCUGGACAUACUCAGGACGCUGAAGGCGUGUCUGCAGAAAUGUACCGACGCCAAUCAAGGCGUUAUCCCCUUUGCAGACAAGAUAUGGACGAGCUUGAAGUACGAGGUCCGUAACGGCGAGGUCGAGGACGCCGUCAAGGAGACCUUGCAAGUCAUCGGCGCUCUUUUCAGCCGACUCGAUGGUGAUAACCUCCAGCGUCUUGUACACACAGUACAGCAGGACUGCCUCGACGACCUCGACAACCCGACCUACACUCCUGCCGCGCAAAAGCUCCUCCUGGCCGUCUCCUCCGGAAGCCCUUCUGCCUUUGCCCUCGUCGCGUUUGCCGCUCUGCAGCCGGUUAAGGACAGUCUUCGACAUGCUAAGUCCACCGACCAUACAGUGAGCCUUCUCAACCUACUCAACUCUCUGCAAGAGGUGCGCUGCGCUCGUAUGCAGCAAUCCACCGCCGCCUUGACCCCCCAUCACGUCGGCGUUCUGCAGCGUACGGAACCGGCCUUUGUCUCACUUUACCGGGACGUAUUCUCGCAGCCGUUCCAGCAGGCGAUCCAUCCCGAAGCAUCAAAAGAGACGUUGAUUAUCGGCGAGAAAGCUAUUCAAGGCCUAGCCCUCCUCUUCAAACAACAGCAUUCCGUUACAUGCUCUCAGAUCGGUGACUCGAUACUGGCCCCUGAAGAUGCGUCUGAAAUUAUUUCCGAUCUUUCCUCAUUCCUACUCAGCAGAGCUUUCCGCACGAAGGACGAAGAGUCAGAAGAAGCAUUGGCUCUUCUCCAGGCCGCCAUCCGUGCGCUACAGGCCGCCGUCACGAGAAUUCCUGACGCCUUCUCUAAGCUCGUCACCGACUCCUUUGCGAUAUUCGAGGGGGCCACGAAUGUGUCUUUCGAGGAACUGUGGACUCGGCUCAGAUCUAUGCUGCCCAAACUGGCCUUCAUUGGCUGCUCUGAGCUUCCUGUUUCGGAAGACAAACUACAGCACUCGGUGCUCCUGCUAAGUUCCUUGUUGCGUCAACUGCAGUCGAUGAUCAACCGCAAGGCUCCGGCUGGAGUCUGGGCCGAAUAUGCCAUCGGCAUCCACACAACCAUGUAUACCUUUUGGGUCGCCUGUGAAAACUCCCUUGAACGUCCUGUUCGGGAGAAGAAGGUGGAAGGGUACGAUACUGGCUUGAAGGAUGACUUACGGUUCAGCCCGGGGCGAUGGGUUCGGUACGUAUCCAGUCGCUUUUCUUCCCUGCCUACCCUCCAGGAUGAAAGCAUGGUGAAAACUCUGGAGGACGAAAACGAGGGAACUUCCGAUUCCGAGCCCUACUAUAAGAAACUUCUUGCAACGGAAAGUCGCCAGCAGCUGGUUGGCGACAUGCUGCUUGUCUACUUGUUCGUCGCCCGUCAGUUGUACCGGCGAGCAACCAGUAUCAUCAGCUCCGAGAAUGCUACAACGAUCGGCAUCCGGCUCAGCGAAGAUUUUCAGGGCAAGGAUAAUGAGUACAGCUACGCAGUGCUUAUUUCACGUGUUGCCCAAUUUGCCAUUUCGCGCUUGGGGUUCUGGGAGCAGAACCAGCUGCGCCUCUUGGAACAAGUACCUGCGUUAUUCCGCGCGGAGGACGUCCUUGUUGAUGGCCUGGGCUCGGAAGCUGAAUCUGGAGGCCACCAGAGUCUCCGGGACGUCAUGGCCUCCAAGUUCACCCCUGAGCUUGAGAUCGACUGGAGCAACCCUCCCAGCUUUCCCAUCAACCCCCUGACCAACGAGUGCCUCGUCCUUCUGGCUUUUGGGAUCAUGGCUCCUCUCCAACUGACGACGAUCCCUGUUGACCCUAUGUCAUCUGGUAUAAUUACGAGACUCUUCUUCGCCGGUCUUCUCUCGCGAGUCGACCCGACCCUCCCGCCACAACCUCUGACUAGUCUCAUGUCCCUUCUGAUGAACGUCUCCAAUAAGAUUCCGUUAAAUGAGUUGACCAACGUCCUUGAUUCGGCCCGGGCGCAGAUCGAAACUGCCGUUUCUGAUGCCCAUUCGAAGAUGGACCUGCAGCAGUCAGAACUACUUGCCUGGCAUGUCAGCCAACGAGCCGGCCAAAGUAUUUCGGAGGUCCGGAAAUUAAUGGCUCGACCAGUACUUUACAUCACGGCCGGGGCUCUACGACGCUACAAAGGGAACUACCUCAAAGCCAUCCUUGCCGCAAUCAUCAGGGGACCAGCAGACCUGGAGGCUGGCCACAUGUUCGCUUCUGACAUUGAGAUUCUCUUCAAGGAGUCGCCAGUUCUGCAAACAGACUCCCAUCCCAGGGUGGUUAAUCCCCUUUGGCGUCAAAGAGCCUACAUGGAGAUUGUCAAACCUAUGCUUGACCUGGCGUUGCCCAAGAAGGAUGGCAGCACAAGUAUGACGAUUGCGGCCAACUAUAGCAUCGCUGUCCUCCAUGCACUUAGGAACCUGAGCUUGGAGAUAUACGAGGAUGAUAUGGAACAAAUCAUCCGGAUGAUCAUCUGUGUAGUGCGCAUGCUACCGCUCAGCCUCGAAACUCUCUACGGUCUCCAGUUGGUGAAAACGAUUUGCCAGAAAGGCUCAGAUCAAGUCACGCCGUUCCUUGGGAGCAUCAUUGACAUUUGUACCUCAGUACUGGUCCCCACGGAGCACGAGAGGAAGCGGAACCGAGGUGCCAUCAACUUGGAGGCUCUUCACGCGAUGACUAAAGACGGCGGUUCAAAGAACAGUCCACUUAUCCCGCGUAUCCAAGUCCUUGCACUCGAGAUCCUACGCGACUUGACAAAGCACUACGAAGCGAGACACCUGCGCAACGAGGCUCCUGCGGUGGUUCGACGUCUUGGACGGAUUCUGGGAGACUCUUAUCGCGAGACACGCGCAAACGCUCACUCUGCUAUUUCGGCUUGGCACAACCUGAUACGGUGAAGAGUGACUGUUAGGCGACAGCGAACGACUACGGGAGCUUGGCUAGAAUGGGUGUUUGGUGGAAGAACAUAGAUGGCUUUGGUUUUGGUAUCGUGGUGUUGAUUUCUCCUUUAGAAAAUAGGAUUGGAUAUAUAUUAGAUAUAUCCAUACCCACCCCCUAUUAGAGGAUAAGGGACGGAGUUUUGGCUUUUGAAAAGGGGUUAGUUUUGGAUGCAUUCGAUGACCCUGGCCAUAGCUCGCUAUAACACCCUCCUAAGUCACAUUUCAUCUCUCACAGAAUGUGGCAGGCGCACGUAUGCCCCCAUGAAUAGACAGGUGGCAUGCUGCAGAGAGCUUUCACUAGAUAUGAUUUUAUUUUACGUGCCUAAUGCGAUAUAUCGCUUUGACUACUUCCCCUCACGCCUCCCUGAG